CUUACCCAGGUGCUCUCAGGGGAUGCUAUCAUUGUACGAGGACAGCCUAAAGGUGGUCCACCACCUGAAAAGACCAUAGGACUCUCCAGUAUUGUGGCUCCUCGCCUUGGCAGACGAGCUACUGGAAACGUUGAAGAAACAAAGGAUGAGCCAUUUGCAUGGGAAGCUCGAGAGUUCCUUAGGAAGAAACUUAUCGGGAAACAAGUUAAUUUUGUUGUGGAGCACAAAGCCCCUAGUGGAAAAGAAUAUGGAUAUGUAUAUCUUGGGAAGGACAUUGCAGAAGGAGAGAACGUGGCUGAAAGUCUUGUUUCAGAGGGCCUAGUCUCUGUGAGACGGGAAAAUAUAAAGAGUGGUAAUGAUGUGCUCCAGAAAUUGAUUGAGCUGGAAGAUGCUGCGAAAGCUGCUGGCAAAGGGAAAUGGGGUCCAAACAGUCCCACUGACCAUGUACGAGACAUCAAGUGGACCAUUGAGAACCCCCGGAAUUUUGUUGACAAGAUGGGAGGGAAACCUAUACCUGCAGUCAUUGAGCAUGUCAGGGAUGGAAGCACUGUCAGAGCUUUCCUCCUUCCAGAUUUUUAUCAUAUUACACUUAUGCUGUCUGGUAUCAGGAGUCCCAUGUUUCGCAUGGGAGAAGAUGGCAAGGUUACAUCUUCUGCUGAACUUUUUGCUGAGGAAGCAAGAUUCUUCACAGAAUCCCGGCUUCUGCAGAGAGAUGUGGAGAUAAUCCUGGAAAGUGUCAACAACAACAACUUUGUUGGGACCAUCAGACACCCACAUGGGAACAUUGCUGAAGCUCUCCUGAAGGAAGGUUUUGCCAGAUGUGUGGAUUGGUCCAUGGCAUUUGUCACAGACAAGCCUGAACCUUACCGAAAUGCUGAGAAGCUAGCUAAAGAGAAGAAAUUAAAAAUCUGGAAGAACUAUACUCCAUCAGCACCACAGAUUCAAGCAAAGGAUAAGCAGUUUUCUGGGAAAGUGGUGGAAGUCAUUAAUGCAGAUGCUAUGGUGAUAAAGCUCAAUGAUGGAACUCUGAAGAAAGUGUUUCUAUCCUCCAUCCGUCCACCACGGUUGCCAGAUGAAAAGUCAGGGGAUGGAAAAACCAAGGGCUUUCGUCCUCUUUAUGAUGUCCCAUUUAUGUAUGAGGCAAGAGAAUUUCUUCGAAACAAGCUCAUCCACAAGAAGGUGAUGGUCACGGUUGACUACAUUCAACCUGCUUCCAAUGCCUUCCCUGAACGAAUGUGCUGCACUGUUCAUCUUGGAGAUGUGAAUGUGGCUGAAGCUCUGUUAUCCAAGGGAUUGGCAACAGUUGUGAGAUACCGACAGGAUGAUGACAAGCGAUCCUCACAUUAUGAUGAACUGCUGGCAGCUGAGAUGAAGGCUGCCAAGUCAGGGCAGGGAUUACAUUCCACCAAGGAAUUGGUGCCACAUAGAGUCGCAGAUCUGGCUGGGAUCAAUUGCCCCAGGGCACCACGUCAAAUGCCAGGCUCUGGGGGAAUGGUGGAAGGGGAGCCAUGGGGACAGGAAGCACUUCAAUUUACGAAAGACUUGUGUCUUCAAAGAGAAGUGGAGAUUGAGGUUGACUCCAUGGAUAAAGCUGGCAAUUUCAUUGGAUGGUUGUGGGUUGAAGGCAAAAAUCUAUCAGUGGCUCUGGUUGAAGAAGGCUUUGCAAGUGUCCAUUUCACUGCUGAGAGAUCCAAGUACUAUAGUCCACUGACUGUUGCACAAAGUAACGCCAAGGAGAAACGAGAAAAGAUCUGGAUGGGUUAUGAAGAGCAGCCAGAGACACCUUUGCUAGAUGAUACAAUCCAGGAGAGGAAGAUUGAUCAGAAGAAGGUGGUUCUGAUUGGAGUGACAACGCAAUUUCAUAUCAGCGUUCAGAUGGUUGAGAAAGGCACAGAGCUUGAGGGUCUCAUGGAGCAGAUUCGACAGGAAUUCACUGCCAAUCCACCACUCACUGGAGCAUAUACCCCAAAAAGAGGUGACAUCUGUGCUGCAAAGUAUGAUGCAGAUGGGUGCUGGUAUCGUGCAAGAGUGGAGAAGGUGCUUGGAAAAGAGGCUCACAUUCUCUUCAUUGAUUAUGGAAACAGAGAAAUUACAGAAACUAGCAAAUUGGCAUCUUUGCCAUCUGCAUUCCAAGGACCUGCACCAUAUGCUGUUGAAUAUGGUGUUGCAUUUGCUCGCCUACCACCAGAUAUUGACUUCCAGCAAGAGGUUUUCAAGGCAUUGAUGGAGGAUUCAGGUGAUCGAGAGCUACUGUUGAAUGUGGAGUUCAAGACUGGUGGGGUUGAAUAUGUGUCUCUGCUUGUGGCAGAAACAAAGGAAGACAUCGUGAAAGGGCUUAUCAGUGAUGGUCUCCUCUUAGUAGAUCCUCGAAGGGAAAAAAGGUUCAAGAGCAUUAUUGCUGAAUACAUGAAAGCUGAAGAGACAGCACGGAAAGAACAUCGCAAUCUAUGGCAAUAUGGAGAUGUCACUGAGGAUGAUGCAACUGAGUUUGGCCUUGGGAAACGUUGAGUAGGAAUGGAAAACCAAACAGCAGAGCUUCUAUAUUGUUUCCUUGAAGAAUGAAGCCUUGAGCUUUCAAAAUGUCGAUGCAAGCAAAUGACUUAUUGCUAGUGAGGAAUAUGUAUUCUGUUGCACUUAGAAAAGUGUUUAUUUUCUGAGUACACCCCAUUGUGAUAUGAUCCAAUGCAGAAACUAAAGACCAAUAUUGUUAUUAUUUGAUUGCAGAUGUACAGAAUUUGAAGAGGGUAUUUAGAAUUGGGCUUGGUAGUGGGAAUGAUCUUGGUCAUCUGUGGAUCUUCUUCCCCAAUGAGACAUAGCUCUCAAUCCAGUGAUUUCUCACCAUCAUAUCCAUGUUGCACUCCCUUGUUAUCCCAUACUCCCUCCCAAGUCAAUAAAUUGUUAGAUCAAUUAAUUUACACCUAUUUAAUAUAUUUUUUUAGAUUCCAAGUGUAUGAGCAGUUCUCCUGGACACUUGCUCUUGGAACUCCCUUGGAGUAAUACAGAUGAAAUAAUAUUUUUUGAAACUUUCCCCCCCCCCCCUGAGUGUUUGAAUUUGAAGAAUUUGCAUGACAACUUUUUAAAAUCUUGGCUUGCCUUCUUCUUGUGAUAUGAAUAAGAUUCCCAUGCUAGUGUCUGUAUUCUGGGUGGAAGAUGCACAGUGGUUCAGGGAUCCAUGUUAUUUCUUUCUUUUCCUUUUUUCUAUUCUGUUUCGGCUCUUCAGAGAUGGACAAUUUUUUCGUUGUUCAGAAGGCAUGGAUGCCUUGAAGAAGGAGAAGCAUCUGUUUGUUUGAGAAAUAAAACGACCAAGUUUGAAGACAG